AUGAAUAUAACUUCAAAAGAAUAUUUUAUUGCCCUUUUUUGCACAAUUUUUACUAUGGAUUUUAUUCUUGCCACACUUUUAUAUUUUGCUGGGUAUCCUGAUGCUAAUCACAGAAUUUGUUGUUCAAGCGAUGUUAUUUUGAAGUUAUUGGAUUGGGAUGGAAAUAAUGAUGAUCCGAUUCGAAUUGCUCAAAGAGCUGGUGACUAUUAUAGUUAUGUUUGGCUUAUUGUCACGAUAUGUAUAACCCUAGCUUACACGAUUAUUUUUAUUUGUACUUAUGUAAUGCGUAAAUUUGUUAAAAAGAAUUUUAAUUCAAAUUCAAAUAAACUUGGAGAGAUUAACCAACAAUUAACUUUAAAUAUGUUUAUUCAAUCAUUAUUGCCCCUUCUAGCAAUUAUUCCAGUUUGGUUUACUUUAAUAUUUUCAACUUUCAACACAAAACUUAUUGGAAAUUCUAAAGAUACAACGCUAAUUAUUUUUAUGAUGUUAAUUCGUUUACCAAUUCAUUGGAUAGCUGUUCUCAAUCCUUUAGUCACCGUUUUAACCGUUAAACAUUACAAAAAUGUCAUCCGAUCUGUUCUUCUCCAUAACCAAUCUUUAAUUUCAACCUCUCAAAAUACACAAAAUGUUAUUGUUGUUAAUAAAAUGAAUAGACAAUUAAAUAAUAACAAUAGCUCUACUAGAAUUGAUAAUAAUAGAGCUUUAAGUAUUGUUAAUAUUCAACAUCCUCAAGCAGUAUUACAAAAUUGA